AUGGCAGAGUCGGGCCCGACGUCUCCAGCAGAUCGACAGCAGGCCAACGCGCUGCUUCGCCGGCUGCUGCCGGCGGAUUCUGCUGCCCAGGAUGCGAGCAACGGGCCGCCCGAGUCCGCUGGAUCCCGCCCUCCUCCCACCGCCACUCCAGCGCCCCCCGUUCUCACUCGGAGAAAGAGGGGCCAGGCGACAACGGCAGCGUGCGGUGCCUGCCGGAAACGCAAGUCCAAGUGCGACGGCAGGCGUCCGACCUGUUCCAUCUGCCGUGACCGGGGCACCGUCUGCGAGUUCGACACCCAUGCGGCCGAGACGCACACCCAGGCACUCAAGCGCAAGUACAACGAACUGAAGAGCCAGAAGUCGGCCUUCGAGCAGGUCUACGAGGUGCUGCGGUCGAGGUCCGACGAGGAGGCCGAGGAGGUCUACCGCCGGAUCCGGAGGGGCGCCGAUGCUUCCUCCAUCCUGCGCCAUGUCAACUAUGGCGACCUCCUCGUCCAGCUUGCUGUCGUUCCCGAGGCGCGGUAUCGGUACGAGUUCCCCUACCUCCCGGACAUGCCGCCCUUCCUGCGCCGCCCCGACAACGCCUACCUGGACUCGGAGGUCUACGAGUGUGCGCUCCGCGGCCCGCCCGCCCCAGCGACCCAACACGAGCCUGAGGGUGUCAGUGCCGUCGGCGGUGCGGUGGCGCGGGACCCCUACCUGAAGCCUUACCUCGCCACCACCGUCGUGCACCCUUGGCUGGACUCGGUGAAGCCUUCCAAGUGGACGAAUGUCAGCACUGAUGAUGUCCUGAUGCGGAAAAUCCUGCACGACUAUCUGCUGUUUGACUAUGACUCGUUUACCUUUUUCCAAAAGGACUUCUUCCUGGAGGACAUGGCUACCGAGAACCAUCGCUUCUGCUCCGAGCUCCUUGUCAACGCCGUGCUAUGCAUAGGAUCCUUCUGCCACCGCGGCCUACAAGGGCGCGCUGAGUUCUGGAAUCCGAAGAACAUCGGAUACCAGUUCCUUGCCGAAGCAAAACGGCUCUUUGAGACCGAAUCGGAAUUUGAAGCACCGCUCCGAGUCCCCGGCGACCCAGAUUGGGAGCGCAAACAGAGGGAGUGGGAGCAGCGACGGCUCAUGACCAUACAGGCUGCUCUCCUUAUUAACUUGGCCUACAACCUCAACGGCUCCGAUAAGAUAGGCUGGCGGUACACCAGCAGAGCAUUGGAGAUGGCCAACGAUGUGCAACUCCUAGGGCCUGCACUGGAGCACUACGGGCCCGAGAUGCAGCGCGCGAGAGCGUACACGGCGUGGGGGUUAUUCUGCUGGCAAAUUCUCGUGUGCUACCAUUACUUGCAACCACCCCUGAUUAGAGAACCGCCCCAGAUACCUCUCCCCGAUCCCUUGCAAGAUCCGCAGUGGUACGGAGAGCUCUGGGUGAAGUAUCCCAUGAGCCAGUCGCUGUGGCCGACGUUCCAUGGGCUCCUCUUCAAGGCCAAAGCUGAAUUCUGGUCCAUCGUCAACGAAAUCGCGUUGCUCAGCUUCUCCCGGCGCCGCUCGCCGGCCAGGCUGCCGGUCGACCAAAUUCUCCGCUUCUAUAACCGGCUGAGCACAUGGCUGCACAACCUCCCGGAACCUCUAACACCGAAGCAGGCUGUGUUGCCGCAGCACUUGAAGCUGCACAUGCACUACAACAACGUGGUGUUCGACCUCGUCACGCCCAUCCUGGGCCACGGAGCGAUCGCUGUGGGACAGUCGGGCCAGACUCCGCGCGACAUAUACAUGGAGGCCGUCACCAAUUUUGAGACCGUCAUCCGCCUCUAUUACCUGCGCCACAGUUUCGAGGCUGCUGACAGCUUCCUCCUCCAUUUUCUCGGCUUACUCAACCACAUGACCAUGACCGCGAUAGAAACAAGCAAGGGCUCGUCCUUUCUCGAGUCCCGCCGGUCGACCUUGCUACUUCUCAGCAAAGGGAUACACGAUCAGAGUCGGUCGUUCUUCGUGGCGUCGGCGAUCCUCCGUCUGCAGCUAAGCGCGAUGCGGCCCGAAGACGUUGGGCUGCUGCGACAGUUCGUCAAGCUCGAAGAGGAUCAGCUGAUGCUCGGCUCGCUUGAGCAGGCGCUGCACACCAACUGGCCCGUAUACGAAAUUGGGCUCGAAGCGAAGGCAGUCAUGCGCGAGCAGGGAAGGAUGCUGGCAAACAGCCUGGCAUCUCUCACCUUGCAGCCCAGCAACCCGCCCACCCCUUCUCAUUCUCCAACCUAG